AUGGAUAACGUGCGGACUAUAUUCCUGACGAAGGGCCCCAACGGCCUAGGAUUCAACAUCAUCGGCGGCGAAGGUGGCGAGAAGAUCUUCAUAUCGUUCAUAGCACCAGGUGGUCCGGCGCACGUUUGCGGUGAGUUGCAGAAAGGCGAUCAAUUGAUUAGCGUCGAUGGAGUUUGCAUGAGAAACGCGAACCACGACGACGCCGUGCGAGGACUAAAAGGACCCAACCAGGAUGUCACCUUGCAAGUGUUGUAUAAUCGAGAAGAGUACAAGUGUUUCGAAUCUAAGAUGAAGGCGUAUAAAGAAAAAGUGUUUGGGAAGAUGAUCAGGACGUGCGAGAAGAAAUCGUUUUAUGUGCGCGCUUUGUUCAGUUACAAUCCUUUCAAGGAGAACGAUUUACCCGGACGAGGUUUAGGUUUUAAAUGCAAUGAUAUUCUAUACGUGAUAAACGCUAGUGAUGAGGAUUGGUGGCAGGCGAAGAUGAUGGAUGAGCACGGCGACGUGGGGCUUAUUCCUUCGAAGAGUAGGAUUGAGAAAAAGAAGAGGUCACGCGAGAGGUCAGUGAAGUUCGAGCAGCUGAAACGUCGCAGCUUAACGCUGAGUAGGAAAUUUCCUUUCGUGAAGAACCAAGACAUAAUCAUAGAGCAACAAGAAAUAAUCUACGAGGAGAAGAGCGAGAUUAUAUUAACUUAUGAACUUGUUGAUCAAAUCGCCGUUGAUUACAAGAGACCCAUAGUUGUCCUCGGCUUCUUGAGGAACCGAAUCAUCGAAGACCUCUUAUCAGAACUUCCAGAUACAUUUGCCAGCUGCGUUCCUCACACGACGCGACGAAGACGCCCAAACGAAAUCGACGGACAAGACUACCAUUUCGUGGAAUCCAUGGAAGAGGACAUCAAGAACAACAAGUUUAUCGAAGCCGGGAAAUUCAACGAAAACUUUUACGGUACUUCUCUGGAAGCUGUUAAGGACAUUGUCAAGAAAGGUAAAUACUGCAUCCUGGACGUCAGUGGCAGCGCAAUAAAGCGUCUGCAGAAGGCACAGAUGCACCCGAUCGUGAUAUUCGUGAAACCAAAGUCCUUAGACUCGAUCCGAGAAAUCAACAAAAGGACGACCGAAAGCGAAGCGCUGAAAAUGCUUGAAAAAUCUGCAAGCAUAGAAGAGGAGUUUUCCAGGUACUUUACGUCUGUGGUGGAAGGGGACACGCCCGAGGACAUUUACCAGCAGGUCAAAAAGGAAAUCGGGGAACAGACCGUUCCGAAAAUUUGGGUGCCAAUAAAGGACCUACAAUUGUAA